AUGGAACCACUCAAAGUCCUCAUCGUUGGCAGCGGCGUCGCUGGCCCAGCCUUUGCAUCUUGGAUCGCCAAGACAGGCGCAGAAGUCACCCUCAUUGAGCGAGCAAAUCAAAUCAGACUGGGAGGUCAACAGCUCGAUCUCCGCGCUCAGGGCAUCCCCGUCAUGAAGAAGAUGGGUAUCGAAGCGGCCGUCCGUGCCAAAGCAGUUCACGAACCUGGAACCCAGUUAAUCGACACCAACGGUCAAACAAAGGCGUUGUUUAAAGCGGUGAAAAGCGGCACUCAAAAGCAGAGCUUCACCUCGGAAUACGAGAUCAUGCGUGGUGAUAUGGUGCGCAUCCUGAUGGGCCUUACUGAGAAGAGAAAGAACGUAACGCAUCGCUUUGGUACAACUGUCACCAGUCUGACUCAGGACGACGAGAAUGACCCAAAGGGAAAAGUCCAUGUAGGCUUUGCCGACGGCCGAAAAGAUGAUUAUGAUCUUGUGGUCGCAGCAGACGGAACUGGAUCGAGAACACGACAACUCAUGCUCGGUCCUGAUGCCCCCGAUCCUCGCCAUAACCUUGGUGGUUACCUCGGCUUUUUCAGCACCCUCGCGCAGCCACAUGAUUCGAAGUGCUUCACCUUCUGCCAUCUCCCUGGAGGGCGCUACCUCGGUACAAGAAAGGACCAGGCGGAUUUCACUCGUGUCUACAUGAACUCGCCUAGAAAAAGUGAGGCCCUCGAAGCAGCGCACAAGUCGGGUAAUCUGGCAGAGCUCAAAGCAGCCUGGGCAAACACGUUUGCCGAUGGCGCAUGGGAGUCUAAGCGGUUCAUGACGGCACUGAAGAACUCCAAGGAAGCAGAUGAUCUGUACUCGACACCACGUCAAGAAGUCCGACUCCCGGUAGGAUCAUGGUCCAAGGGACGAGUUGUGACCCUCGGUGACGCAGCGCAUGCCCAAACAGCCAACGGUUUCGGAACAAGCUGGGGUCUGGUAGGCUCGUAUAUCCUCGCUGGUGAGAUCGUGACACUGCAAAAGGAAGACCCAAGCACUGCAGUGGUCAAGGGUGUGAAGCGGUACGAGGAAGUGUUCCGCCCUCAAGCGACCGCUCAGCACGGCGGAAAAAACGAUUCUUUUGAGAGAUUAUUCUUUCCCGAGACAGCGCUUGGGAUCCGUAUACUUCACUCGGUGGCGCGAGUGGCAUCGUACUUCAAUAUCGAUGGUGGCUUGGGAGCAGGAUCCGCCGAGUCCAAAUGGACUCUUCCAGAGUACCCGGCCCUCUUUGAAGACCGGAAGUGA